GCAGUGGUUACUGUACUGCUGUUGUGGAUUGUUGAUGCAUCCAUGUAGUUGCAGCAUUUUCGGUUGCGACAACAUUUGUUGUGUGUGUGCAGUGUACAGUGAGGUAAUACCCUGCAAACGCUUGUAAGCGCAAGACCAAAAGCAAAGUCUUCCGGAUGAUUGCACGGAAGAAAGAGUCCAAGCAUUCCUUUUCAUUCCUUAAUUGUCACACCACCAAAAAUGUUGCACUAAUUCACAAAGUGGACCACCAUGUUCAGCUCUAAAAUCCUCAUUGCAGCAACAGUGGUCGGUGUCUUACUAGCCGUGCUGGGCACCUUGGGAGUGAUACUUGUCCCUUCAUUCUUCUACGAAGAAGUGCAAAAGAAACUUCCCCUCCUGAAUGGAACCGAGGCAUUCAACAUAUGGGAGGACAUUCCACUGCCCAUCUACCAGCGAUAUUACUUCUUCAAUCUCACAAAUCCUGAAGAGUUUUAUUGGAAUGGUUCCAAGCCUGUACUUAAGGAAGUCGGCCCAUACAGCUAUAGGUGUACGUGGGUCAAGAAUGAUCUAAGCUGGGGUGCCAACCACACAGUUUCUUACAGAGAGGUCAAAACAGCAUACUUUGAUCCGGACGCCUCAGUAGGAAAUGAAGACGAUGUCAUAACGACGCUCAACAUGCCGCUAAUUGCAGCUGGAGAGAUGGCAAAGGAAGCUAGCGCAUUCAAGCGCAUCCUUAUCACCAUGGCGGUAAACGCAUUAAAGGAAAAGCUCAUUAUUCAGAAGACUGUUGGUCAGCUGUUGUUCCAAGGCUAUCAUGAUGCAUUGGCUAUGUUAGCGUACAAGAUGGACCAUUCCUUACCUUAUAGUGACGGCAAAUUUGGUUGGAUGCACAAGAAAAAUGCAACUGAUGAUGGUAUCUUCACCGUUUUUACUGGAGAAGACAGCAUGGACAAAUAUAAUGUCAUUGCUGAUUGGAAUGGGAAACCAGGUCUAUCCUGGUGGAAAGAUGAGUGCAACAUGAUCAAUGGAACAAAUGGAGAGCUUGUGCCUCCCUAUGUUGGCAGUAGAAGUGCCCUAUACGUUUUCAACACUGCAUUUUGCAGAUCAUGGACUUUGGAACAGAAUGGUACAGUUCCAAGUCAUGGGCUCAAUCUGCAGAGGUUUACAGCCCCUGCUACUACUUUCCAAAAUGCUUCCGAUUAUCCCCCUAAUGGGUGCUUUGCCACGAGACGUAACCUGCGCUCGGGAGUAAUGGACAUAAGCAAGUGUCAGCAUGGUGCUCCUGUCCUGCUAUCAUUUCCUCAUUUCUACCUCGGAGACCCUUCUUAUUUGGAAGCCAUAGAGGGCUUGCAUCCAGAUCCCUUCCACCAUAGUUUCAACUUGGAUGUCUACCCUGAGCUUGGUCUAGGCAUGCGUUUAUAUGGGCGACUGCAGAUUAAUGUGGCAUUGGAAAAGGUGCCUUACAUUAGGGGUCUUGAGAAUGUUACAGAAAUGGUCUAUCCAAUACUUUGGGAAGAAAUAAAUAUUGAACCAUCGGAUGCAUUUGUGGACCACCUGAAGGGAGAAUUGCAGCUUCCCCUGUUUUACAUGUUGAUGGCUGGCUACCUGCUACUUGGUAUUGGUACUGGAAUGGUACUGGCAGUGUUUGGCAUUGUGUUGGGAAGGCAUCUUGGAUGGUUUGCUCACAAGUAUGAGGACACGUCACCACUGAUUGAUGAUGAGGAGCAUGGAAAGGGCGACGGUGGCCACGAAGAGAAGCACGGUGAUUUCCCCACAGCUUAACCAUAACUGUGGCUGACCCUGGGUGAUCCAGAAGACAGCAUCAAGACCUGCCUUGCUUUAUGCAGCUUUUUUAGAACAGUGAGGCUUCGACGAGCUUUGUUGUCGAAGAUCUUGUUUGAAGCAUACGCAUGAUGCGGCUUAAUGCUUUCCAUUGUAGUAUCAAAUUUAUGUAGCGACUACUUAAUUCACUACUUUAUUUUUUUUUUAUUCAAAGAUCUCUGACAAUUUUGUGAAGAAUUCUAAAGGAAUGGUGUAGCAUUACUCUGGGACCUCAUUCGUGUUCUGCAUUUUUGGUACUAUACGACAUUAGUAGGGUUCCGUGUCCUCGAUGUCUGCUGAAAAAUGUUUUUGUAGAAAUUCACAACCCGAAGAAUACUGUGCAUUUGUGUUAUACAUUCCAAUAGGUGAUUCAUAAGAGCAUUGAUAAAAGAACGUCACAGUAACAACAAAAUCUGUCGAAAUACUUCAUAAUUUCUGCAACAUGCAGAAUGAGCAUGCCUAGAAAUCCCACAAGACUGAACUCUAUGUAAUAUCUGCAGAUUUUGUAAGACACCAGGGCUCAAACAAAAUUCUGACUGUCAAAGGCUGUGCAUGUGGUGUCCUGGCUCAAUGCUGCCUUGUCCACAGAAGUAUUCCUCAGCAAUACAUUUUUACCUCUGUGGAAGAACUAGAGCUUUUGAACGAAGAACUCGCCACACUGUGAUAUUGACAUUCACCAGUCUCCGAAUUUUUUUGCGUGUGUUUUUAAGUUGACACAAAUUUUAGCUUUGUUUUAGCGCAACUAUUUUUUAGGUGGCAUCCCAGCUGCACUUUCCUUGUUUCCACAUGGCUUGGUAGCACGUAACAAGUAUUUGUUUGCUAAAUGACCUUCCUAUGGCACUGCUUCAGAGCAGUCUAAACCCAGGUGUACCUUAGUUUACAUGCUCGCAAGUGCUGUCUUGAAGCAGUCUUGCUUUUCUGUCUGAUUCCUGCCUUGUGAUGCUUGGUGCCAUUUGUUUGAACAGUUUUUCAGAAAAAAUGGAAACUAAGUCACGAGUGCUCGCAUGUUGGAAGAACCUGUCAGCUCCUGGUGUAGUGCCAAAGUUACUGAUGCAAAUUUUGACAGGCUUGAAGAAAAUUGAAGGAGCAUUGCGUUUCGUUUUGUGCUGUGUGUAUUAUAUAGAUGUAAAGCAAUGCUAUUGUAAAUAUCUGUAAUGCUGAAUACUGGUAGCAAUGUGCCAUACAAUACUUGUUUGUGAAACAAAGCCCAAAUUGAGUUGAAAACAUAGAUGGCUUUUCCACUGCCUUGAGGUUUGCUGUGAACAAUGUAGUCGUGGAAACAGCACUUUGAGACAUUUGAGAUACAGACAUGAAGUGCGGCUAUUGUUGUGUAGGCUGUGCAGUGCAUGUCCGGCUUUUCUUCCAUGGCUUCUAGUUGAGGUGCCAUUUUGAUUGUUACUAAAAACUGUGAAUGCUAGUUGUGGUUUAUAUUUUUGAUACAACUCCGCAACAAGUGGAGGGUGAGUGUAAAUAAAAAUUAAGAGUGAUCUUUA